AAAACAAAAAACCUCACACAAAAAUACUUUCUUUCUUCCAAAUUUACCAAAUUACCCUCUUCGUAUUCCCUUUUUAGCAAUCCAUUUCUCCUCUCUUUGACUCUCCAUUCGAAUUCACACUCUCUUCUUCUUUCUCGGUCUCUCCCUCUUCCUGUAAUGGACAAUAGUAACUCUGAGCCUGGCCUUCGACUUAGCGGACCCUCCGAUGAUGUCUCGGAUUCGGGCGAUCCGACCCGUUCUGAGUCCGACAACGGUGGUGCUGCUGGCUCCGUUGGUGCCCGCUACAAGCUGAUGUCGCCGGCGAAGCUCCCGAUCUCUAGGUCCCCGUGCAUCACGAUUCCUCCUGGUUUAAGUCCUACCUCGUUCCUUGAGUCUCCGGUUUUGCUCUCUAAUGUUAAGGCAGAGCCUUCCCCAACUACUGGUUCCUUUACUAAGCCUCAAACAGGGCAUGGCUUUCUCGUCUCCACUUCAUAUUCAGCAACUACCAUUCCCUCAAACGUCUUUGGAGAAAGGACAUCCAGCCGCUUUGAGUUUAGGCCCCAUGCUAGAUCAAACUUGGUUUCCGCAGAUAUGAGUCACCAGAGAAUUGAACAAUCCGUUCACGCCCAAGGGCCGUGCCAGUCCCAAUCACUUGCAUCACCUAAGGUGAAAAAUGAAUUUGCUGUCCCCUCAAAUGAGUUGAGUCUAUCGGCUUCACUUCCCAUUGUUACUUCUGGGGCUAGUACGCCCACUGAAGCUGACUCAGAUGAAUUAAACCAGAUAGGGCCCUCCAACAAUGGGCUUCAGGCUUCGCAAUCUGAUCAUAAAGGAGGAAGUGUCCUUUCAGUGUCAUCUGAUGAUGGAUAUAACUGGAGAAAAUAUGGACAGAAACAUGUUAAAGGAAGUGAAUUCCCACGCAGCUACUACAAAUGUACACAUCCUAACUGUGAGGUGAAAAAGUUAUUUGAGCGCUCACAUGAUGGGCAGAUAACAGAGAUCAUCUAUAAGGGUACACAUGAUCAUCCUAAACCCCAACCCAGCCGCCGAUAUACUGCUGGGGCUGUUUUGUCCAUGCAAGAAGAUAGAUCCGACAAAAGUUCUUCUUUACCUGGCCGAGAUGACAAGUCAUCUAGUGCAUAUGGCCAAGUGUCUCAUACCAUGGAGCCCAAUGGUACCCCUGAACAGUCUCCUGUUACAGCAAAUGAUGAUAGCAUAGAAGGUGCUGAGGAUGAUGAUGAUCCCUUCUCAAAAAGGAGGAAAAUGGAUACUGGGUGUUUUGAUGUUACUCCAGUGGUUAAGCCCAUCCGGGAACCACGCGUUGUUGUUCAAACUCUGAGUGAGGUUGAUAUACUGGAUGAUGGGUACCGGUGGCGCAAGUAUGGGCAGAAAGUAGUGAGAGGCAAUCCUAAUCCAAGGAGUUACUACAAGUGCACAAAUGCUGGAUGCCCGGUUAGGAAACAUGUGGAGAGGGCAUCACAUGAUCCAAAAGCAGUUAUAACCACAUAUGAAGGGAAACACAAUCAUGAUGUUCCUACAGCACGGACUAGCAGUCAUGACACAGCAGGACCAACAGCCAUGAACGGACCAUUGAGGAUUAGAUCAGAUGAAAGUGAGACAAUUAGCCUUGAUCUCGGAGUUGGGAUAAGUGCAUCUGCUGAAAAUAGAUCCAAUGACCAGCAACAAGCCCUACAUUCAGAGUUUACUCAGAGUCAAAACCAAACUAGCGGUUCCAGUUUCAGAAUAGUUUCAAGAAAUCCAAUUCCGCCUUACUACGGUGUUUUAAAUGGUGGCAUGAAUCAGUAUGGAUCUAGACAAAAUCCAAGUGAAGGUCGAAGCGUCGAAAUUCCACCUAUAACCCAUUCUUCUUACCCAUACCCGCAGAACAUGGGAAGAUUAUUAACGGGUCCGUAAAUUUCUUCGAAAUGAAGUCAACAGAAAUAAAAUCCUCGUGGAGAUUUUUCUUUUUUUUCCUGCUUCCAUUUCAGCUGGUCAAUGACAAAAAGGGCUAGAAUCUGAAAUCUGGAGAUAUGAAUUGUUCUCACCAUCUUGGAGAUGAUGUUUGAUAUUAACUUGUUGGAAAUGCACCUGUCGCCAACUGUUGUAUUAUCGACUUUGCUGAGUACAAAGCUGCUUUGUAAAAAUAUGAAAAAGUAACACAGGUAUUAUUUUCUUCUAUAAGAAAACACUAUUGUAAAAUUAGUGCUUGAAAUGGGAUUCAUUGUGGGUUUACUUUAGACCUUUGGGUGUCCUUGAAAUGAACUUUGAAUAUUUUAUUUAUUGGGUAAAUUACUAAUUGCGCCCUUAAUUUUA